ACAAAACCAAAGAAAAAGGACAGAAGAAAUUUACGCCACUAUUUAAGUUACAGGUAAAAUACGUGCUUUUCUGUAAGAGUGGAGUGAGAAAGACAGCGAUAAUGCUGAUAUGAUGCCCACACACAGACACGGCAGCGACUAGCAACACUCCACAGAAUGAAACUCAGAGCCUUGUGGGAAGCAGCUGCGAACUCAUUCCGACAUGGGCAACUGUGGCACUAGAGAGGAAUCUGCUGUUGUUACUCACGCUCAAGUUCAACAGCUCCACAUGUUAUCUGAGAAGAAGCAGAGUCACAAUCGUACACUGUCAGAUCUGAGCGAUCCCUGUACCCCCCGCAACUUCGAGGACUCGAGAAAGAAUUCGCUACUCUAUACCCACGUCAUUGCCUUCACCUUGUAUGAGCUGGAAACCAUUACCAAGAGCUUCCGUUCUGACUACAUUCUUGGAGAAGGUGGCUUCGGAACCGUCUACAAAGGUUACAUUGACGAGAAUGUAAGGGUUGGCCUCAAGUCUCUACCCGUCGCUGUCAAGGUCCUCAACAAGGAGGGCCUUCAGGGUCACCGCGAAUGGCUUACUGAGGUCAACUUUCUCGGCCAGCUGAGGCAUCCAAAUCUGGUUAAGCUCAUCGGGUAUUGUUGCGAGGAUGAUCACAGGCUACUGGUAUACGAAUUCAUGUUCCGUGGAAGCCUUGAGAACCACCUUUUUCGAAAGACAACUGUUCCUUUAUCCUGGGCGACAAGAAUGAUGAUUGCUCUAGGAGCUGCGAAAGGGCUUGCUUUCCUUCACAAUGCUGAAAGACCUGUAAUAUAUAGGGAUUUUAAAACUUCCAAUAUAUUGUUGGACUCUGAUUAUACAGCCAAACUUUCUGAUUUUGGGCUUGCAAAAGCUGGACCACAAGGUGAUGAGACCCAUGUAUCAACUCGAGUGAUGGGAACGUAUGGCUAUGCUGCACCAGAAUAGUUUAUGACUGGCCAUCUGACUGCCAGGAGUGACGUAUACAGCUUCGGAGUUGUUCUUUUGGAGCUUUUGACAGGAAGGAAAUCUGUUGAUAAGACAAGACCAAGCAAGGAGCAGAACUUGGUGGAAUGGGCUCGACCAAAACUGAAUGAUAAGAGAAAGUUACUGCAAAUAAUUGAUCCAAGAUUGGAGAAUCAAUAUUCAGUAAGGGCUGCGCAGAAGGCAUGCAGCUUGGCAUACUACUGUCUGAGCCAGAAUCCAAAAGCGAGGCCAUUAAUGAGUGAUGUAGUUGAAACGUUGGAACCUCUACAAUGCACUGGUGGUAGCGCGGGUGAAGUCUCUUCAUCUUUAAACCCAAAACUAACAGGAGGUGCUGGUCCAUUUGCAAUGGGUGGAGUUCCAGACUAUCGUGUGCGUUACAGAUUUUCCAACAAUGUUGGUCCGGGUGCCAUUUGUAGGUCGCCUAAUCCAAAUUGUUCCCCGGGUGGCCCUGCAGCAUGCAGGGUUCGAUGAUAAUAUCAGCUAGUUGUACACUUCUUUGGUGUGUCUUUUGUACCAUAACCUCCUGCCAAAAUGACAAAUUUGCUUGCUAAAACAAGGGUGGUUUUGCUUCAUUGUACCUAAUGUGUAUGUUAUCCGUAGUCAGUGUUGAUUAUGCUAUUCAACUUAAGCUUGUAUCACUGGAAUUUCCUGUUCGAAA